AUGGCGACUCCGCUGGGGACCACCUUGUCUGGUCGGACUAAGCUUUGCUUGUUUGAUUCAAGAAACAUAGAAGAUGAAGAGCGUGCUCACCGUGAUGCCCAUUUCCAAGAAGAGUUAGAGUCUCUGAAAGCAAGCGUGGCUCGCCUUACUAGCUUACUCGAGCAAACACUUAGAAAUGCUUCUGGUGAAGGUCCUUCCAACCAGCCUGCUAUUUUUGUUCAGCCUUCAGCAACAGCUCAACCCAAAGAAACAAUUAAUAAACAUGGUCAAGAACCUCCAUACAAUCCAGCAUUUGUACACUCAACGCCACCGGCACCCGCCCUUGCAGUCAUAGACCCAUUUGCCAAUGAGUCCCACAAGAUCAAGUCAUCUAAUGGCAUUGAUCAAGAUAAGAUUUCGGCGUUGGAAGCCCGGAUUAAAGCCAUUGAAGGGGUAGACUUGUACGAUCCAGUACGGGCAGCAAAAAUGUGUUUGGUCCUAAAUGUGGUUGUCCCGAAGAAGUUUCGUGUUCCUAAAUUCAUCAAAUACACUAGAACACAAUGCCCCAUAACUCAUUUAAAAUCCUACUGCAACAAAAUGGUAGAAGUAGUACACGAUGAAAAACUACUGAUACACUUUUACCAGGAUAGCUUAAAUGGGACGGCAUUAAGUUGGUACAUGAGAUUGGACAACACCAAAAUCCGUAAAUGGAAAGACUUGGUGGAUGCUUUUGUGAAGCAAUACAAGUACAAUAUGGACAUCACUCCUAACAGAACUAGCUUGUCCAAUCUUGAAAAAAAGGAUAAAGAAAGCAUAAGGGAAUAUGCUCAAAGAUUGAGAGAUCUAGCUUCUCAAGUGCAUCCCCCGCUUUUGGACAAAGAGAUGGUCACUCUAUUUGCUAACACGCUCAAGGACCCAUACUACGAACAUGUGAUGGGUAGUUCGGCCCAGCAAUUUACUGACGCUGUGGUAGUAGCUGAGCGCAUAGAGCAAGGAGUAAAUAGUGGUAGAAUCUCUGCACCUGUGGAAAAAAAGGGCUUUGAAGGUAAAAGGAAAGAGGUUGACCAUGUUGAGGGUAGCUAUAUGGAUAGGAAGAACCCAUUCCAAAAAUACCACACUCCAUCCAUUUCACCCCAAAUCGCCAAUAUCAAUCUCAACUCUUCUUUUCCUGCCAGAAAACCUGAGCCUCAAACCAAACACCAAAGAGCUCAAGAACAACUACUUUCAUUACCGCUGCCCUUAAAUGAGAUGUACCAAAAGCUACUGAGCAUUGGGCAAAUAGCUCCAGAACCCCUGACACCUCUGCAACCACCUUACCCUAAUUGGUACAGGCUAGAUCUCACUUAUGAGUACCAUGCUGGCGCCGUGGGACACAACAUUCAUACUUGUAGUGCCUUCAAGAAGAGGCUCAUGCAUUUGAUUAAAGCUGGAUGGAUAACCUUCGAAGGAACUCCAAACGUGAGUUUGAACCCUUUACCCAAUCAUGCUUUAGGUACUGGAUCAGUGAAUGCACUGGAGGUGGAAUGCUCUGGAAACCUCAAAGCACGAGUAGGGUGUGAAGAAGGUAGUGUGAAUUCUCGAGGAUAG